AUGGAAAGCCGCGCCUGGACCCAGCUCGGCGAGCACGUCAAGUUACUCACCUUUGUGAGCAUCUUCUUCCUUCCCCUCUGCCUCUUCGUAGCAAUCUGGAGCAUCAACGAAUCCUACAGCCGCACCGACCUCGCCAUUUCAACCGCCGCCGUCGCCAUAACAACCUACUCCAUCACGCUCAACCUCAACAACCUCGCCCGGGUGCUGCGCAAGCUGUACGCGCCCAAGCGGCGCGCGCUGGUGGAGCAGAUGGGACGGGACCCGGACGCGGACUGGAGCAGGACGGGGCGCAGGUUCCAGGCGUUCCAGCGGUCCGUGAAGGAACAGAACAAGCCGUUCGAGUGGAUGAUUGUGCUCUUCUUGUUAAGGCGGGCUGUUCUUCGUGUGGUGAAGGGGGUUAGUUUUGGAAGGGGGAAGAAGGCGGAUGAAGAGGGGCAAGGACCCUCGACACCCUACGCACCCUACUAA